CUCUAACAUGUUUACUGAGCAGGACAGGAGCUGAAUGAGAACUGCUGUCGGUGUUGUUCUGCCUUCGGGCUCCUGCUCUGAAAGAAUUUCAGCUCACUCUGCUGCAUUUUCACACAGGUUGCUCACUGCUGGGAUCAGCUCAGCUGCUGCUGUUUACGGCCAUGUAAAACCAGGAAUUACCUGUCAGUCAUAUUACACAGUUUCCUUUCAUGGCAUGUGAGGAAGCUGUGGCCAAGACAGCCAAUCUAAUGGUGUCCAGGGUCCAUUGGAGUCACAUGGACCUACAUGAGUCCAUUGCAGCUCAGGACCAGGAGGCUCACGGAAGUUCGAGGAAGGACAGUGUCAGGAAAUGGCUCACCACCACUGUCCCUGAGGAAGAUGCAAAGCAUGAGCCACAGCAGGAAGCUGCAGAGCCUCAAAGGAGAAACCCUAGCAGUGAUGAUGACCUGGUCCUCGGUGUAGAAGCGUCUUUAUAUGGUAACCAGGGAGUGAGGACCGUCCAGGAGUUUCUGCGGUGGAGCAAGUCAAGUCCAGCUCUCAGCAGGUGGAACAGCGUCAGCUCAGCAACUUCAGCUCACUCUGGGCCUCUCAGUGUGAUGGACAUACUCAACCUGUGGAAUGAUGAUCCCGAGGAGCUUCUUUUGGACCUUGGCUUUGGUUGUGAUGAACCUGACCUCUCUGGACGCAUCCCAGCUCGAUUUAUCAAUUAUCAGUCUCAAGCAAGGGGAAUAAACCUCCAGGUGUUUCUAGAGGCCCAGAAGAGCCGGUUGGAUCUUGAAAAUCCAGAUGUCAGCAAUCGUUUUCGAGAGCUUGAGGUUCUCCAGCAGGUGACUACAGCAUUCUCUACUUUAGUGGGCUCUUCCUCCUCCCCUCUCAGCGCACCCCAGGGGAAAGACCUGCCUCCCGAGGCCCGGGAAAAGAGGAGGCGUAUGGGCCAGCUGUUCAAACGAGUAUCAAAGAAGUCACUCAGCCAAAUGCACAAGAAUAAAUCCCAGGACCUAACUACACCUGCUGCACCUGACUCACUUCAAUACACAGCUGGCCUCGGAGACAAGAAAGUCCUCUUAAAAAGAGUCAAACAUGUACCUCAGGAGAUUGUGUGUCUGAGUCCUCUGGCAGAGGAGCAAGGACCAGGUCCAGACCCUCAGGCAUUGCAUCGUGUGCCUUCUUUUAUAGCCCAGGAAGGAGCAGUCACACGCUGGUCCCAGAGCCAAGCCAAGGCUUUUUUACAGAGGAAGAAGAGCCCAGGACAAGUCAAGGAAUCAUUUGAAAUGGAAGAGUGCAGGGUGUAAUACGGACCAACAGCUGCCAGUCAGACAGCAGUGGUUUUCUAGAGGAGCCCCUCAUCCCCUCCCACUCUCAGCAGGUGUCAUCACCAUCUGAUCUCAUCAAGGCUCUGUCAGGACUGUCAAAGGAGGAAAUGGACAGCCAAAGCAGUGACAGGCCAGACUCCUCAACUCUCCUACCCUCACUAUGUCCUUCAUCACUGCAUUCAUUACUCUCUGACUCUUCCCCGUCUCCUGACUCAUUGUGUCUCUCAGAAUCUAACAUGCAAAUGUCAGAGACAGUGAAAGCACCAGAUCAGGAUCAGUCUCCACCUGCUUUACUGCCUUCAAUGAGUCCAGAAAACAAUCAAGAAGAUUCACCUUUAAGGGGCUCAGGUGGGAGCAGCCUUUCUGAUCCACCUACGAAUACACACAAGAAAGAAGACGAAGAAACAACCUCCUCUCUCUCAGUUCAGUCUGACCUAACGACACCCUCUCUCAAUUUGGAUUCCUUGAAGAGUAAGAAUGGUUGUUCCACACUGCCUUGCCCGUCUGCUCACUCUUCCAUUCCAGUUUGUCAGCCUGCAUGCUCAUUACCAUCACAUGAUCUAGAUUAUGACCCUGUUGGAAGAAUUUCAGGGCUGACAGAGCAGUCCAUUUCCCAACAGGAUGGAUCAUUUUCUCAUGAAGGUAACACAGACCCUUCUCCAGCCUCUCCCAUCCAAGAUGUUAUUUGUGUUAAGAUGGAUCACCUCUAUUUGGACUCAGAGGAUACCCUUCAUAUGAAUGGAAAGGGAGAGGUUGAGGGUGAGAGACAUACGGACAUUGUGCAGACUCAAGAGGCAAUUGUUUACAACUCAGAUACAGAGAGUUCUGCCGGACUGUCAGAAGAUUCUAGAUUAGUCCCUAAGGAAGUAUCUAACCAAACAGAAGAAGAUCCACAGGUCACCUCCUGUAGCUUGCAGGAGAUUGCAAAUGAAACCAAACCAUCAGAGUUAAGAAAAGUCUGUAAAAUGGAAAGUGGUGGCAGAGAAAGUGAAUCUGCCAGAGGUCCUUUAGUUUUACAUGAUGAUGUUCCAGAGGCACAGAGCAGAACUGAAGUAAAACCUAAAGAUCUAAUCGAGGUUGACAGCUUAGAUCUGGUAUUUCAAACCUCUGUGGAUGGCUCGGAAAGUGAAAAUGGAGAUGUGGAUGCCUUUUUUCAGCAGCUUGAUAAUGAAGGUCGUGUCUAUUGGGCAGAACCCAUCCAGAUUUCCAGUUCAACCUCUGUGCUUGAAGAGUCGGGCAGAUUUGAAUCCUCAGACUUGUUUCCUGGGAAUUCUCUGUUGUCUGGAGGCUGUGAUGCUCUGGAUUCAUUUUCAUCUACAGACAAAGACACACCUUCAUCUUUGUCAUCCCCAACAACAAUGGACACUGAACAGAACUCAAGAAAUGCAACUGCCUCCUCAGAUACAACCUCCUCCUUGACUCAAGCCUCCUCCCAAUCCCCGUCUGCAGUCUCAGACCUCAAGCCAUCAAGCCGCUCUGUUUCUGUCCAGAUGUCUUCAACUGUGUCUUCUCACAUUGUCAACAGGAAAGAUAUUCCAUACAUGACUGACUCAAAACGCACCCCUCUCACUAGUAUCCUCCCUUUGGACACUUCUACCCCUUUCCGUGCUGUCCAGUCAUGGACAGACCUGCAGAUUCAACGCAAAUCUGUCACCAAACAGUUAUCACAUGGGGCUCUCCAUAAGGUCCAAAACAAAGCGACUAUGUGCAUGAGUGCUUCAGAAUUGACACAAAGACCUACACUGAUCUUCUCUACAUCUCCAUCCCUCCCUCUGCUGUCUCAUGAUCAAUCACACAACUAUCUCCCCGGAAUGGCUAGAAAUGACCAUCCUAUGUCAGUCUCUAUGGAUAAAGGGCUGUGGCCUAAUGAGGAGGAAAAGGUGGACCAAAAUAGAAAUGAAGAUGAAGAGCAUCUUUGGGAGGGUAAUCAGACAGCCACCAUAUCAUGCUACUGCAGCUGUGAUCAUAGAAAGAAUAACAACAAGCAACACACUCUGGGAAACAUUCCUUACUCUUUGGAUGAGUUGGAGGAGAUGAUGCUGUGUCUGCAGCAGUUCUGCUCUGUGCUCAGCAACAUGGAGGAGCAGCUCUCUGAAGACCAGGCGGCAGUUUACAGUGUUCUCUCUGACCAGGAUAGGGAGAAUGUUCGGGACAUAGAGGAGCUGAGGCGAGCAGUCAAACAAGAGGCUGAAGAGCUGGAGAAGCAGUUGAAUGAACUCGCCCAUCACUAUGAUGAUAGCUUGAAAAUAAAGAUGCACAGACUAUUAGGCGAGCAGUCUCUGCUCUGCUCUCAACUCAGAGUCUUUGUACCUGGAACGGUGCCCACAACAAUGAGCCCCGCCCCCAACAGGACAGUAGCCACUCAGUGCUGUUUGGUGCCCUGGAUCCCUCAGACUGACAUGCAGACUGGCCACGCCUCUUCCUGGAGCGCCUGGAAUGUGGACUCCCCAAGACAGUCACCUCCUGGAUCAGAAAACAUCUGUGAGGGCCAAGGUCAUUCUCCCACAAAGGCAGACAAGCUGGACAUAAUGGGCCUUCUUCAAAGAUUGAAGGAGUCUCUGCGUCAUUCUGUGAACACACACUCACUGGAAUGAAAGGUGCUGCAUGAGACUGCAUCAGACUGAUGAAAAUCUCCUGAUGAUUUCCAUUCACUGAAGGAUAUGAUUUACACUUUAGCUUUUACACGGUAAUCAUCACAGUUUUGGUACGUUUUUUACAUUUCACAGUCAAAUUUUUACACAGUUUACAAACUUUUAUUUUUCUUUGUCAGAAAACUGAGUGACUGUUUGAGAAAGAAAAAUUUAAAUGUUAGGAUCUAAAAUAAAAGUGUAAAAACUGCUGUUAAAUGAUUUAAGUUAAGUUACAUUCUUCUGACACAUUUUACCUUGUACAAAGCACAAUUUAAGUACGAAUAUUUAAUGAAGAUGUUAUUUCACGCUAGUCCUCUGCUCAGUGCACAGUGCAUCAAAUGAAUAAUAUCACACAAUAAACCUUGAAAGAGUUGAA